AGUCCGUUCCCGGCAAUAAUCGGUGCCAAUUGCAGCGCACCGCUAUCCACCGCCGUUCGAUUCGGUUGUUGCGCCUUAACCUGUUGAUAUCGUUCGUACAAUUCAGUUAGGGCGCCCUUCGGUCCCCCACCAUAACGAGAAAAAUACCGUGCGGUACAAUCGCGGAAAUUGCUAUGUGAACGUUUCCGGUUUUGUUCAGUGUCCGUGAUUCUUUUAGGGUUCGUACGAAAAUUUCCUAAGAAUUUUUACUUUUCCACGGGGCUUCCAAAACGAAUACUUCAGAAGGACAACAGCAUUAUUCUUGAAAUAAAAAAGAAGAAAAGUGGGUACUAUAAAGCACGGUGGUGUCAUCGGCCUAUGGGCCUCACCAGUGGCAGUUCGGAAAUUGGGGGCACGAAGCAGCCCCCCGGUUAUGCGCCAUACGGGCCUGGGGAAACUUGGAGGACUCAUCAACAACGCAGUGAGCGCCACCAAACGAUCACCGGGAAAUGGGGAUAUUCAAUGGUGCUUUUCACAAGUGAAAGGAACACUAGACGAUGAUGUUACUGAAGCAGAUAUUAUAUCUUGCGUUGAAUUUAAUCAUGAUGGUGAAUUAUUGGCGACAGGAGAUAAAGGCGGUAGGGUCGUCAUUUUUCAAAGAGAUGCACAGUCAAAGGCAGCCCUCCCUCGCCGCGGCGAGUACAAUGUGUAUUCGACCUUCCAAUCCCAUGAGCCUGAGUUUGAUUAUCUUAAAAGUUUAGAAAUUGAGGAAAAAAUCAAUAAAAUCCGAUGGUUGAAAAGGAAAAAUCCCGCACAUUUCCUCCUCUCCACCAAUGAUAAAACAAUCAAGCUGUGGAAGGUCUCGGAACGUGAUAAGAAGGUUGAGGGUUAUAACACUAGAUCGGAAAAUGGUGCUUUAGUGGAUCCUGCGAGCGUACACUCCCUCAGGGUGCCAUGUAUUAAACCCAUGGAGCUCAUGGUGGAGGCUUCGCCACGGAGAAUCUUCGCAAAUGCACACACUUAUCACAUUAAUUCAAUAUCAGUGAAUUCUGAUCAAGAAACCUAUUUAUCCGCCGACGAUCUUCGAAUUAAUCUGUGGAAUCUAGAAAUCACCGAUCAGAGCUUUAACAUCGUAGAUAUUAAGCCAACGAACAUGGAGGAAUUAACUGAAGUGAUAACGGCCGCUGAAUUCCAUCCAGUCGAGUGCAACCUAUUUGUGUAUAGUAGUAGUAAAGGUACAAUUCGGUUAUGCGAUAUGAGAGCGUCGGCGCUUUGCGACCGUCACUCUAAAUUAUUUGAGGAGCCAGAAGAUCCAGCAAAUAGAAGCUUCUUCUCAGAAAUCAUUUCCAGCAUAUCGGACGUUAAGUUUUCCAAUUCCGGCAGAUAUAUGAUUUCUAGAGAUUAUUUAUCAGUUAAAGUUUGGGAUCUUCAUAUGGAAACUAAACCUAUUGAAACUUAUCCAGUACAUGAAUACUUCCGUUCGAAAUUGUGUUCGCUCUAUGAGAACGAUUGCAUAUUUGACAAAUUCGAGUGCUGCUGGAACGGCAAUGACACGGCAAUAAUAACCGGUUCCUAUAAUAAUUUCUUCCGAAUGUUCGACAGAACUACAAAGCGAGAAGUUACACUCGAAGCGUCCAAAGACAUCGCGAAACCACGGACAAUACUAAAGCCGCGAAAGGUGUGCACCGGGGGAAAACGGAAGAAAGACGAAAUCAGUGUGGACUGUUUAGAUUUUAAUAAGAAAAUAUUACACACUGCAUGGCAUCCUACCGAAAAUAUAAUUGCGGUAGCUGCCACAAACAACUUAUACCUUUUUCAGGAUAAAUUUUAGUAUACUUGGUAAUUUAACGUGAAAAAAAAAAUAAUAAAAUUAAAAGUGAGUAACGGAAAGGAAACAAUAAUCUAAAAUGUAACCAAUUUUUUUUUCGCUCAUGUGUACGCCCAGUAACUGUGUUGUCGAUUUCUAUUUAUUCAGGGUUUGCUUAAAUUUACACACUCGAUGGAAAUAUUUGACAUUUAACUGUAUUACGCGAACAUCUUAGUCAGAAAAAAUAGUGUGCAGAUUAUUAUCCUAGAUUAAACUAUUAGAGAAAAAUCAAAUAAAUUAGAUUAUGAAAUUUUUUAUUACGAAUUUUUUUUUAUUCAAAAGAAAUGAUACCUUUUAUAACAAAAUUGAUCAUUAUAACAUAGUUUGAUUCUUCUCUAAUAUAUUUAUUCCAAUAUAAAAUUUUAUUUUUUCUAUCUACUUCUAUUUGUAGCAGUAUUAAACAAAAAACUUAAAUUGUUAAGGUGUAUAUGUUCUUAAAAAAAUUUUUUUGGUAAUGUACUAAUGCCAUUUUAACUAUGUUUGGCUUGGAUGAUUGAAUCGAGAAUUAUUCGUUUUACCGGUAUAAUAUCGUAUUUGUAUAUUUUCGUACUUUGUAUAUAUUUCCGAGAGACGAUCUAUAUAUAUAUUUAUAUAUAUAUAAAUAUGCGAGUGUAGCAAAAAUGAAGAAAAAAAAACGCGUAAAAUAUUUAUAACGUUGCCUUGUAUACUACUUUUAGCAGGACAAAAAGUUUUAUCUUUACAGCUUGGAUUUUGAACGCCACUAUUUUUUUAUUGAGCAUUAUCAUUUUUAUUUCUGUACAGCCUUUGUAAAAGUGUAAAUUAUAUGAUACUAACUAACGAUAAUAAUAGUAUUUAAAUGAACGGUAAUAUCUCAUGCAUCAUGAAUUGUACAAAUUGUAUAUAUGCAAGCACGGUGAUUGCAUCUUAGAAGCUAAAUUAAUUUUUUGAAUAAUCAGUUAAAGAUUUUCCUUGUGUUUGUUAAUUUUGUGAAUGUUACCCUCCAUUUGAUAAAAAACCCUGAAUAUAGGAUAAAGCAAUUAUUCAAAAAAGAAUAAGUAAACUCUACUUUGCCGAAAAGUGCCAUGUCUGGAUUACUUUCUUUGUACAUACAUAUUAUCACAUAUGAACAGAGCCUUACUAGCAACAUAACGUUUUUUUCUGUAUUUCCGUAACGUAAAUUUAUUUCGCAAAGAUUGUAUUUUUCUUUAUUGUCUUUUUUUUUGAUUCCAUUGUGUUUAACUUUAUUUUCGUCAAUGUUGUGAGGAACCAUCGUGCAGUACGAGAACACAAAUAGAUAACUAAAUUUACAUUAAAGAAAAAUCAUUACUCAUUACAUUUAUUAAUUAUAUCAAUAAUUUAGGUUUAUAAAUAAAUUAUACUAUUUUAGAUGUAAGAUUGAUUAUUUCCGAUUGUAGACACCAAAUAAAUCAUGUUGGCUUUUUUUACAAAUUCUUUAA